AUGAGCGAGCAAGAGAAACACCACCACGGCGUGGAAGAUACUCGCGAUCUUGAGAUUGCGUCCGAUGACGUUCACGAGCAGCAUUCUGAUGCAUCAUAUCGCAGUCCUCGGGAGAAAGCACUGGUCUGGAAACAAGACUUGCGCAUUGUUCCUCUAUGUGCAGCGAUCUACCUCCUCUGUUAUCUAGAUCGGUCUAACAUCGGGAAUGCAAAAAUCCUCAACCAAGAUACGCACAAUGACCUCCUGAACGAGACUAAGAUGACAUCGUAUCAAUACACGAUUGCCCUUAUGGUGUUCCUCAUUGCUUAUGCGCUGUUUGAAGUCCCUUCGAAUUACUUGUUGAAGAAGCUGAGGCCGAGUAGAUGGAUUGCGUUUCUGAUGCUGUCAUGGGGUGCAUGCACAAUGGGCUUGGGAGGAGCCCAUAACUACGCUCAAGUCACCGGCAUCCGUUUCCUGCUAGGAGUAAUGGAAGCGGGACUCUUCCCUGGCCUGGUCUACUACCUGACCUUUUGGUAUCGACACUCCGAGCGCUCCAUGCGCGUUGCGUUGAUCCUCGCAUCCGCUACCUUAGCCGGCGCCUUUGGCGGUGCAAUCGCAUACGGCGUGGGUCACAUGAAUCGGGCCCAUGGACUAUCUGCAUGGCGAUGGCUUUUCAUCAUCGAGGGAGCACCCUCCUGCGCUUCAGCGUUUCUAGUCUGGUUCUUUCUUCCCGAUUAUCCCGAAUCAGCUCGUUGGCUCACACAAGAGGAGAGAGACCUUGCCGCUCAACGGCUGCGAACAGAAGGCUCCAAGGGAGAAGCCAAAGCCAUGACCUGGGGGGAUGCUAAAGCCGUGCUAACAGAUUGGCGUCUCUACGCACACUAUGCCGUUUACUUCGGCAUAUCCGCCCCCUUUUCCAGUCUUUCUCUCUUUACCCCCGCCAUCACCAGCGGUCUCGGGUAUACCAACCUCCGCGCACAGCUCAUGACAGUGCCUCCAUGGGCGGUAGCAUAUGUCGUGACAACAGCCGCAGCCUGGUCCGCAGACCAUUUCAACAGCCGUGGCCUCCAUUCCGCCCUCUUCUCCUUCAUCGGCGCCAUGGGCUUCCUAGCAUCCGCCGUCCUGCCACCAGACGCUUACAUACACCGCUACGGCUGCCUCAUCGUCGCCACCAGCGGCGCCUUCGCCUGCAUCCCCCCGCUCCUGGGCUGGCUAUCCUCCAACCUCCGCUCCACAGCCGGCACCGGGCUAGCAAUAGCCCUGAACGUCUCCUUCGGCGCACCGGGCCAAAUCGUCGGCGUGUGGAUUUACAAAGCUAACGAAGCGAAGAGGGGGUAUCCGACGGGCCACUGGACCAACGCUGGGUUACUCCUACUUAGCCGUAUCCAAGUUGGCCAUGACCAGUUGGCGAACGCCAGCGGAAUCGAUGCGUCCGUUGGUCAGCACGUGAACACUGGAAAAUUUAAGGUUAAGCUCAUGUCAUGA